UCCAAACACAAAAUAUCUUGGAUUCUACUUCAUGACAAAUCCAAUACUCGUGAUUCGUGAUUUGGAACUCAUUAAAAAUAUCCUUGUUAAAAAUUUUGAAGCAUUUCCAGAUCGUCAAGGUUUCUCCAAUACGAAUGACUUUUUAUUCAAGAACAAUUUGUUUUCUCUUCAUGGAGAAAAAUGGCGGAACGUGAGAAAUCUGUUGAGUCCUUCUUUUACUUCCAGCAAGAUGAAAAUGAUGUUCACAUUGAUGUCAGAAUGUGCUGUGGAUUUUGUAAAAUUUAUGCCAACAUCGUUAGCGGAUGAAGAAAGUAUAAACACGAAAGAUGUUUUCUCAAAAUAUACAAACGACGUCAUCGCUACAUGUGCGUUUGGAAUUAAAGUCAACUCUAUGAAAGAUCCAACAAAUAAAUUCUAUGUUUACGGCAAGGAGGCGAGUAACUUCAGAGGGGUCAUCCGCGGUAUAAAAUUUCUUUUUCUUGGAACUUUUCCAAGAUUCAGUCGAAUUCUCAAUAUAAAGAUUUUGAACGAUUAUGUGUCAAAUUUCUUCAAGGACAUUAUAAAAACUACAAUCAUGACUCGUGAUGCAGAACACAUUACACGUCCGGAUAUGCUACAGUUAAUGAUGGAUAUCAGAGGCAAAGAAGGUCACAGAGAACUAGACAUCGACGACAUGACUGCGCAAGCGUUCAUCUUUUUCCUCGGCGGUUUUGAGACCAGUUCAACCGAAAUGUGCUUUGCAGCUCACGAAAUUGCAGCUAAUCCAGAUAUUCAGACUAAAUUACAACAAGAGAUCGACAACGUUUUGGAGAAAUCAAAUGGCGAAGUGUCUUACGAAGUCAUUAAUCGGCUGGAAUAUUUAGAUGCGGUGAUAAAUGAGACUCUUAGAUUAUAUCCACCAAUCGGUUUCUUAGAUAGGAUGUGCAAAAAAACUUAUGAAUUACCAUCCGCAUUGCCGGACAAGAAACCUUUUAUCAUAAAAAAGGAUAUGCUUGUUUGGAUUCCGAUUUUUGCAAUCCAACGUGAUGAAAAGUAUUACGAUAAUCCGGAGAAAUUUGAUCCAGAAAGAUUUUUAGACAAUAAAAUGCACAAUUCGUCGUGUUAUAUGCCAUUUGGAUUAGGACCGAGAAUGUGCAUAGCUAACAGAUUUGCUAUGCUAGAAGUUAAAAUUUUGCUAUUUCAUUUAUUAGCACGAUAUGAAUUGAAACCUUCUACGAAAACCGUUUCCCCAAUAAAAUUUUGCAAAGAUGGGUUACUAAUGCCGGAGGGUGGAUUUUGGUUGAAUAUUCAGCGCAGAAAAGAUGUACAUCCUGUGUUAACAUCUUAUAAUUGUGAAUAACUUUAUUGUGAUUGUGCUUCAAGUUAAGACAAGUCGAGCCAUAUCAGUUCGAUCGUAGUUUGUAAAACUGAAAG